GACACUUUCUGUUUUAGCCACUUUUAACUUUGUUUUUGUUCGAUAUUGUGGAGAUCAGGAGCUUCCGUCAAAGUCAGCUUUACAAUGAAUAGAACAUGCGAUGAUACCUUUGAAGUCCGUGCGGAAGACGACGAACCGUGCGCAAGCGAGCGCAGCCCGGAACUGAAGCGUAAGCGUACGACGCUUACGGCAGGAGAAAAGCGCGAAGUUUGUCUGUGGAAGCGCGAGCACCCGCGGUCUACUCUACACGAUGUCAUGCUUUGGUGUCGCAUCAACCUCGGACUGGACAUCGGCAAGAGCUCCGUAUCCCGCAUCUUGCAGGAGAGUGACAAGUGGAUCAACACGCUGCCAGAGGCCGUCAACUCGACCAACUCGAGAAAUUCCCUUGGUGUCGAUAUGGAAAAGUCCCUUUUCACAUGGCUCCAAGAUGCGCGCUCCCGAGGGGUCUAUGUAAGCGAUGCGAUGAUCGCCGAAAAGGCCCGCUCUUUCGGGAAGCUGCUCAAAAUGCCCGACAAUUUUCGCUAUUCAAGAGGUUGGCUGCAUCGUUUCAAGUCAAGACAUGGGAUUUGUAAUAGCAGACAUGGAAGCAGCUCACCUACGUCUGCAGGCUGCAAGGAUACAUCUGAAGAGUUGCCCAGUAGCAUCAGCCAUGCGCAAUUACAGACAGUUCUUGCAGAUUACACCCUGAACAAUAUCUACUAUGCCCAAGAGAUGGUUCUUUCAUAUGCUGCAUUGCCAAUGAAAGGAAGCGCUAGGGAGAAGCAGAGAUACAAUAAACAGAGGCUAGUAGUUGGACUAGUUUACAACUUAUCGGGUUCACAUCGCUGGAGGCCUAUUGUUGUUGGCGGUUCCAAACGGCCCCACAGUUUCGGAACCCUUUUCGAUCCGGAUAUAUACUGUAACUACAACUACGAACCAAGAAUGUGCCUGACUGCAAGCAUCCUCACAUGUCAGUUGAAGAGUUUGGAUGAGAACCUAUGCAAGGAAAAACGACGCGCCAUCAUGCUAAUUGACGAGGCAAGGACUGAUGCCUUCAGUGACGUGUACUUCUGCAACCUGCAGAUGCACUUCUUGCCUUCCCAUUGCAUCUCUGAUAUUGCAACAGGGAGUUCCUCUGUAAUUCAUGGUGUAAAAGCACUGUACCGGAGAGAUCUUGUGCUGCACAGUGCUAUGUGUAAAGAUGCUGAGCUGCAGACUGAAAUCAGUGUUCGCUGGGCACUUCGGACACUCUCACAGGCUUGGAUGGCUCUUCCAUCUCAAGUUAUCUUGGACUCUUGGGGGCAAACAGGCCUUCUGCCAUUCCAGCCACUAGAGAGAACAGCUAGUGACACAUACGAGGGCUUAGUUCGGGAGCUCCAGAAUCUUUUGGACAAUGUCUACCCUCGUAGGGCUAGUGCUGAAGCAUAUAUAAGAGUUGAUGACUGUGAUGGUGUGGAUGAGGGUCUGUCCACAACUUUUCAUGAGCAGCCAGAGUGUGUUGCCUCAAUUCUGGAACCAAACCACACUGAUGCUUGGAGAGGCCUUCACACCUUGAUUACAUACCUUGAACAAGAAGGAGACGUGGGUGCUAUACAAGAGCUCUCCAAGUUAGAGAAAAAGCUGAAUGUGAAAGUUCUGAAGUAGAGUUCACAGUCUUUAGUGGUUUCCAUGUUAAAUUUUUUUCCUUAUUUUAUCGCUUCAAUACCCUGACAGAACCGAAAACAUUUUUAAGGGAGUACCAAUAUGACAUUUUUCAUACUGGCAAGCCUCAAAACACCCUAAAUAAUUUACUAAAAUAGCUUAUCUAUGAAUCAGUUUUGCUUUUGGUUUUGUUUUCCAGUCUAUGUGCCGUGACACAGAAGGUGGUCACUUGAGAGCAGAAUAUUGCGACGUUCCAGCUUUCACUCUGGCUCACUCAAUUGUCUGCUACGCUGCCUCAUUGAGCCAUGCAAUGAGUAGCAGCAUAGCAGACAACCGAGUGAGCCAGAGAAAGUGCAAAAACACUGUCAUGUGCUGCUCCCAAGUGACCACUUUCUGCAUCAUGAUGUCUUGACACAUACACACCUCCUGCAAAACGAAACAAAAAACGGUUUCUAGAAAAGCUAUUAUGCAAGUUAUUUAGGGCAUUCCGAGGCUUGUCAGUAUUUUUUGAAGUCAAAGUCCAUCAUUUACAGCAAAAAAAAAAUGAAAAGCCUGAAAUGUCUCAUCAGUAAUCGUUUAGGAUGCUGAGCGAUAAAUUGUACUUCACUCCAAAGUCCUUGUGUAGCGUGGCUUAGGGUGCAGAAAGUUUGACUGCCACGCAGAAGAGAUGAUGUUUGAAAGUAACUAGCACUGUGCAGACUUGUUGGCUAAAAAUAUUAACAUAUCACAUAAAACUGAGAGCCUGCUUGCACUUGCUGACUCUAUGGUAAUCAUAAACACCUUGAAUCAAACAUUACUAAACCCAGCAUGUGUUUCAAAUAUAAUAUACAAAAACGUGUGCAUCGAGAUCCAAACAAGACGUAGGGUAGUGCACAGGAAGAUGGAGACUUGACGUGAUCAACAGUUCUUGGAGAAGAGAUGUCUCUAAAGCCAAUCGUUCGACAAGAGGACAAGCACCAUUCACACGGGAGGCCCUGGGUGCCCGGCUCCCCCUCCACCCCCCAAGAAAUACCGGCACUUCAGUGCCGACAUAACCCACGCCUGCAUGACCAGACCCAGCCUGUGCCUGCUGGAGGAACUGUGUGUGUACUACAUGUCUUCGCUUAGGCCAUGUAUGUAUGUGGUAAAGAUGGAAGCCAUUGAUAUAUACUGCAGGCACCAUAAAGCAAUUGUCAAUGCAGAGCAAUAAAUGAUAAGUUGCGAAGCAUUUAUAAAUGAGAAGAUACUAAAUGAGAAGCAUUUAGUAUCUUUGGUUUUUUUACCCAAGUUUGUUUUUGGUUAAGAAAAUAAAAAAUAGAACUUCGACCAUUUUUUAUUUUGUUUGCUAGGGUGUAAUCAAGCGUCACUUUUUCCAACACGUCACUUUAGCUUUGCACGGAAUGCCUUGGAUCUCUGCAGAAU